GAUCUCUACAUUGUAUGUGUAGAGUCCGUCAGUUUGUCACUUCGUUUCAUCAGUCGUUUGGUAAACACGAAGCAUAACAGACGUGUAGACAUCAGGUUUCAAAAGUGAAAUUUCGGUACGCGGUCACGUCUUACAAAUAAGCCAUGGUUGUCGCUGAAUAUUGGAAAGCGGACUACCUAUUCUGGGUAUUCCCCGCGAUGAUAGCCGCCGGCCUACUCAGCGGCAUCGGUCUACUACUUAUUCUACUCAGUAUUAAAUUCUACGCACGGUAUACUUGUGGGAUGUACAAACGAAAGACUAAAAUGGAUGGGAAGAUGGUUAUAAUAACUGGCUGCAACUCUGGUAUAGGCAAGGAGACUGCUAAAGACCUGGCCAUGAGAGGUGCAAGAGUUAUUAUGGCUUGUAGGAAUAUUGAAAUGGCUGAGAAGGUCAAAGAUGAAAUCAUCGAUAUAACGAAUAAUAAAAACGUAAUAGUGAAGAAAUUAGAUCUCAGUUCAUUCGCGUCUAUUCGCGCCUUCGCUCAAGACAUAAAUACUACUGAACCUCGUUUAGACGUCCUUAUCCACAACGCCGGUUACGCAGACCUUCUUAAAAAAAGAAAAUCAGCUGAUGAUAUUGAAUUAACACUGGCAACUAAUCAUUACGGACC